AUGCCACGUACAGCAGCCACCGCAGCCAUGCGAUUCGUCAUCUACGGCCUCGUCGCCAUGAGCCUCUACUCUGGCUACCGCUACUACGCCGCCCCGACGCUCCGUUCUGCCGACCCAUCGCACACGUACGGCUCGCUCAGCACCGGCGCCCCGCUCCCAGACGGGCGCACGCCCCUCUCCCGCCGGACCGUGGCAGUCGCCGAUCUGCACGGCGACCUCCAACACGCCAUCAACGUCCUCUCCAUGGCUUCUGUCGUCUCUCCUACGCCUGACGCCUCGGGAGACACCUAUACAUGGGUGGGCGGGCACGACGUGCUGGUCUCUACGGGCGACAUUGUGGACCGCGGCGACGACACCAUUGCGCUCUACCGUCUGUUCAUAUCGCUCCGAGAGCAGGCAGCGCGCGCAGGUGGCGAGGUCAAGAAUUGCUUAGGCAAUCAUGAGGUCAUGAACGCUCUCGGCGAUUGGCGCUACGUCACGCCUGGGGACGUCGAGAGCUUUGGCGGGGUCGAGGCCAGGCGGCAUGCCAUGUCCGAUCAGGGUUGGAUAGGGCGCGAUUGGAUGGAGCACUACAACGUCACGCACACCAUCGCGUUGCUGCCGCCCACACACCCUGCUCUGCCAGCCAACUACUCACCACCGCGCAUGAGUUUUGUCCACGGCGGCAUCACCCCGCACUACGCCUCGCUCGGCACCGACCACAUCAACACGCUCGGUCAAUCGUUCCUCCGCAAAGCCCUCUCGCAGCCGCAACCCGCCUGGCUGCCCCCCAACACAACCCACGACGAACAGGAGCUCUGGUCCGAACACGGCCCGCUCUGGUACCGCGGCUACGCCUCCGACCCCCCCGCCCUCGCCUGCCCCAACGCCGCCGCCGCAACCUCGGCCCUGCGCGUCAACCACCUCGUCAUGGGCCACACCCCGCACUUCGACGGCUUCGUCACCCGCUGCAACAACUCGAUCCUCCUCAUCGACACCGGCAUCAGCAAGGCCUACGGCGGCGAACAGAGCGCCCUCAUCAUCGACCUCGACCUCCUCCCCCUCCCCCUCCCCGCCAACUCCAACCCACAAGCCCAAAAACCCUGGAUCGAGAAACGCACCCUCACCGCCCUGUACAGGGGACGCAAACCCAAAAUCCUCUCUGCCACAGAAACAAAGCUCUGGCUCUGA